AUGAACACACCUCUGGCGAUGCACCAUCAUGGUGCUGGUGGAGGCGGUCAGUGCUCGCAUCGUCCUCUGAUCUCGCAGUAUAGAUGUGUCGGGGCUUCGACAUCUUUACCUUCACACUUUGUGCAUAACGAGUUCACCUUCGAGGCACACAUCAAGGCCAACCUGAAUGUCAAGCUUGACAAUGACGCACAGCUCUGUCCAGACUAUGCAGAGCGGCUGCAGUGUGCUCGCGGAGCGUCGUGUCCAAGGAGACAUGUCAAGCCGAGUCACCUCAACUUUCUGCCCGCCGGAUCAACGGCGCUUCGAGAUGCCAACAAGCGAACCGUAUGCAAGCAUUGGCUUAGAGGUCUUUGCAAGAAGGGCGACCAAUGCGACUACUUGCACGAAUACGAUAUGCGAAGGAUACCCGAAUGCCGCUUCUAUGCCACCUUUGGCUUCUGCAACAGCGGCGACGAUUGUCUCUACCUUCAUGUCCACCCGGCCAUCAAGCGCCGAGAAUGCGAAAAGUACAACCGAGGCUUUUGCCCCAAAGGUCCCAACUGCCCCAAGAAACACAUUCGACGUGUUGCAUGUCCACUCUACUUGGCUGGCUUCUGCCCGCAAGGCCUCGAAUGCCCACGCGGACACAUCAAGAGCACACCGCCCUCAAGCGCAUCAUCCUCCAACUCGCCCAUCUUGACACAUCGUCCAUUGACAGCAGCAGAAGCCUUUGGUUCUGCAGGCGGACGUGACGACUAUCCAGAAGGCGGACGACCGCAACGUGGUGCACCCGGACGAUACGGUCUGCCUGCAGCUGGAGCAGCUGGAGCAGCAGGAACAGGAGCAGCAGGUGCAGCAGGAGCAGCAGGAGCAGCAGGAGCAGCCGGUGGUUUUGGAGCGCGUGGUGCAGCUGACCGAGCCGGGUCUGGACAGAUGCCGUUCGGCAGCAACAACAUGCAAAGAAGAGCAAACGCUGGAUUCGGUGGAGCAGCAGGAGCUCCCAACGCUUUCGGUGGUGGCGGCGGUCCAAUCGGAGGAGGCGCACCACCUCAAGGAGGCCAAGAUGGCGGCCGUGGUCCCUGGAAGAAGGAUCUGUCCGAAGUCUUGUGCUUCAAAUGCGGAGACUAUGGUCACUUUGCCAACAUGUGUCCUAAUCCCAAUCGACCAGGUAAUCGUGGUGGAAUGGAACGUGGAGCUGGAGGUCAAGCACGCCAACGUGAUCGACCAAGGCCAUAUUGA